CCAGAAAAAUCCCCCAUGGAGGUCCUCCUCUCUUCGCUGCUAUUAAGCGGCGACGGCGCUCCGAUUCCACCUUGCAUCCGACCCGUGUGACAUCUCAGCGGGGCCUACGGCUACGGUGACCUGGUCCGGGCCGAGUACGGGAUGGCGAUGGUCGGGCUCAGCGAGUCGUUGUUCGACGUGGCUAGAUCUCUGGUGCGUGCUUCGAGCUCCGCUACGUCGACGACCUCUGGUGGUGCAUCCGAGGGACUUCGUUUAUCGUCGCGGUGACAAACAUCUGCCCUCCUAAUUACAGAUUCCCUUCCGACGGCGGGGUCACUAUAACCCUAGCCAACAAGCACUUCGUUGCGGGUGAAAUAUCGCACAGAGAGGAGGAAGAAAGUGGGGAGGAAGGAGGUGAACCAUCGAAGAAGGGAUGAGUGGAGAUCUGAUUUUGAUUUUAGAUAUUUAGUUUGUGUGGGUUGCUCAGUUCAAAGAUCGGGUAUGGUCUGGUUAGAGGGUUGGGUUGGUUCAAAUGACAUGGCGGGUAUUAGUGACGUGGCGGGUCGGGUCUCAUUAUUUUCGGAUUAAAUAGAGCUGAUUAGGCGAUUCCGUCUGCCACGUCAUCACUUAACGGACUCUGUUAACGGAUAUGGACGGCGACUAACGGAGAAUGACCAUACGUGAACGGUUUCACUAAACUAAGGGACCAUCAAUGGAUUUAAAUAUUUCGAGUGACCAAACAUGAACGUUUUUUGUAAUCUCAGUAACGCAUCUAUAAAAUUUAGGGUAAAUGUCAAGUUUGGUCACUGGGUUUACUAAAAUAUGUCAUGUUUAGUCACUCAAAAAGAUUAAUAUCAAUUUUGGUCACUCGAAUUAGUAAAACAGAACACGUUUAGUUACUCUCCGUUAACUUUAGCUGAUGUGACAAUCAAUCCUAUUAGUUGACCAUUAAAUGUCUGACGGGGCAAUUAAAAAAUUAAUAAAACUAAAUUUAAUUCUUUUAAAAUUUUGGGACAAUGACAUAAAUAUUGUUUUUUUUUUAAAAUUUACCACGAAUAUGGCCAAUUAAUAACUAUUGACAAAGAUAUUGUGUUUUAUACAUCAGAAUCGGCGGGUACACCUGAGACUCACGCGCCGCCGCUUAAGACUUGGUUUUUGGACCGUUUUAUUAGACUCAGGCGGUGGCGCCCGAGUCUCAGGCGGCGGCGCCCGAGACUGAAGCGAGUAGGUGGGAAAUUAAGACUCCGGCGGUGGCGCCCGAGACUGAGGCGAGUAGGUGGAUUGGCCACCCACCCUAUAAAAACCCAGACAGACUUUUCGUUUCAGAUUCACACCACAAAAAAAAUCGUCCAAAAUAGAGGAGAGAGCUCUGGUUGCUGCUGCAAAAAUGGCUAGGUAAGAGACACAUUUAUUUUUGUAAUUAUAUUAUUCAAAUGCUAUUAUGAUUGUGUUUAGUUUUUAAUUAGUGAGUUUGUUUUUUUGUAGUGAUUUUAGAAGAUUUGAACUAGUUGUUCGGUGGAAAUCGGAGAAAGUAGAGGAUAAUUUGGGUGUCAAAUUCGUUGGUGGUAGUAGUUUUCAGUUGACGGUUCCAUCCAGAGUCACAUAUCACAAACUUUGUGAGACUCUAAUUCCGAGAAUACGGCGCAGAGACGAAGCAGUAAAAGAUAGUGAUGUGAUCACAGGUUUCACUUACCGUCUUCCAGAAUGGCAGAAUGAUGUUUUAUUUCAUUAUGCGUCACCUAUUGUGGAUGAUGAUAGCUUGGAUGUGCUUUGGAAUUUUAUGGCACAAAAUCCUUAUUGUUUGGGUGCUGAGAUACAUGUUGAGCUCAGUGAUGAUCAGGGUGGAGAGGAAGAAGAUGAUACAUGGAGCGUGCCAUCCGAUCAUGACUAUGAUCACGGUGAUGACGGAGAGGAGGAAGAUGAGGAGGAGGAGGAGGAGGAGGAGGAGGAGGAGGAGGAAGGAGAGCAACUUAAUUAUCCUCCAUAUUUUUACUUGCAGGGCAAUGAAGAUGACGAAGAAUUUGCACUUGCUGGUUCAUAUGGCGUAAUUCCAAUGCCUAUUGUUGAUAGUUUUGAAGGAGAAUUCUACAAGGGGCAGAUAUUUCACUCGAAACAAGCUGCACAGAUGGCGAUUAAACACCACGCACUACAACGCAACUUUCUAUAUGGCGUGGUGGAGUCGUCACCUUCAAUAUGGAAGGUCAGAUGUUUGAGGCACAAGGAUGACAAUUGUCCUUGGAUGGUGCGGUUUGGAUGUCGAGAUGUUGGGGGCGAAUGGACUGUGAGAAAAGCUGAGUUGGUGCAUUCUUGUAGCAGUACGACUCAACCGACGGAUCAUCGCCAUCUUGAUGUUGACAUGAUAUCUGAGGCCGUCAAACAUUUGGUACGUGCCCAACCAAAUCUGAGUGUUCUAACUGUUCAAGCCGAGUUGAAAGAUAAGUUUAAUAUGCAAGUUACUUACAAGAAGGCUUGGUAUGGGAAACAAAGAGCAUUGGAGAAGUUGCAUGGAAAUUGGGAAGAAUCCUACGAUUUUUUGCAAACAUUCUUGCGGGUGGUCAAGAGAAAAAUGCCAACAUCGGUGAUUGAUUGGGUAACAGUUCCUUCGACUCAACCUGGUCAUUUAAUAUUUCAGCGAGUAUUCUGGGCUUAUGGACCUUGUAUAGAUGGAUUCAAGAAUUGUCCAGGCGUCAUGGUUGUGGAUGGAACAUUUCUUACUGGGAAGUAUAAAGGAGUGCUACUCAUGGCGAGCUCAUUUGAUGGCCGGAGGAAGAUUUUUCCAAUUGCAUUUGCCAAAGUGGAGAGCGAGAAUACUGAGAGUUGGCCAUGGUUCAUGAGGAAGGUUCAGGGUUUGACUGAUCGAAAUGAUGUAUGCAUCAUCUCAGAUAGACAUGCAGGACUCUAUGAAGCCAUGAAUAACAUCGGAAGAGGUUGGGAGUGGAGGUGGUGCAUGCGACACUAUGCAAGCAAUUUGCAAAGGAAGACUCGAAGUAAAAUUAUGUAUAAUCAACUAUUUCGAGUCGGUAAGCUUUCUUCAUUUAAUUUUGUUAUUUGUUUUCAUGUAAUUUUGUCAUGAAUUUAUCUAACACGUGUUGUGGUUUAUUUUGUUAGCCGGAGAAAAACGGUUGGAGAAGUUUGAUCGUCAAGUUGAGCAAUUUAAGAAGGUGGCCGCUGAUAGAAAUAUUUCAUGUGAUAACUGGGUGGAUCAACAUCAGAUUCGUUGGAGUUUAGCACAUGAUAACUACAAUGGUGGGGGUCGUUGGUCUAUCCUGACAUCCAACAUGGCAGAAAGCGUCAAUGGUGUUUUCAAAGGUAUUCGUGCACUUCCGAUAGCUUCUCUUGUGCAGCAUACCUAUUGGCGAUUGGUGGAGAAAUUCGAUAUGUAUAGGUUGGAGACAGGAGCAGAAAUUAGAAGUGGCGGUUCACAGUACUCCACCAAGUGCGAAGAGCUGAUGAAGUACAGGUCACAAAAGGCAAUUGGACAUUCUGUGACAGCUCUUGAUCGAGGUCAAGGCAUCUAUGUAGUUCAGACUCCUCCCAACAAUUUCAACAUGACAGGGUCAAACACACUCACAGUUCACUUUGACGAUCAAAACCGGGCAGGAUUUUGCACUUGUGGUAAAUUUCAAGGAAAUAAAAUUCCUUGCUCUCA